GCCGAACAAGGCCUUACUGCGGCCCUGUGGGCCACGGACGCAGGGGCACUGCCCUUGCCAGCCUGUCUGCCGAUCCACACAGCGCCUCCUCCACUGGUAGGCACUGGCCAUGCGUUUUGACCGUUCUCGAAAAGCAACACUGCCUUCUGGCGCUAGCGCUCGGCUGGACCGGGCGGGCGGUGGCUGCGGCUGGAGCCUUGGAGGCUUCUACCGGAGUGGAGUGCUUCACAAAACUGGGCGCUGCCCAACUCCCUGCCCAAGCUGCUGGAUUAAACCCCCCUUGUCGUCGCUUCGGUUCAAGCGAGGAAGAGAGAGAGAGCGAGAGUUGUACAAGGGGCGCCGGCGGCCGCAUUGUAGAGUACGUCGAGCUUGUUCACUGCCGUCGCGGCCUCAAAGCAAGCCACAUCAUCGAUGGCGGACGCAGCUCACGUCUUCCUGCUGGUAGCGGUGGCCGCCGCGCUCGCCGGCCGCUCAGACGGCGCGUGGUGCGUGUGCCGCCCGGAGCUGGCGGACAGCGCGCUGCAGAAGGCGCUGGACUACGCGUGCGGCGCCGGCGCCGACUGCAAGCCCAUCCUGCAGAGCGGCGCCUGCUUCGCCCCGGACACCGUCAAGGCCCACUGCUCCUACGCCGUCAACAGCUUCUACCAGCGCAACAGCCAGAACCCGCAGGCCUGCGUCUUCUCCGGCACCGCCACGCUCAGCAACAGCGACCCGAGCGGCAAUGGCUGCACGUACCCUGCGACCCCAAGAGAAGCGAGAGGGCAGGUGCCUCCGAAGCCGGUGCCGUUCGAGACCUUGCACGGGGGAUCGGCAAUUAGGUUUUUGGUGAGCGUCUACGCGACUGCCCAAAACAUCUACGACAUGACAAAGGAAGUUGGACAAGGAUCUGGAUCAGAGCGCAUGGGAGGUGCUGCUGCGACGACAAGCAAUAGUUCGCCCGGCGUGUACAGCCCUCCCACGAUGGGUCCGACAGCCCUCAACGACAACAGCGCUGCUGCCAGCGUCCUCCCGGUGGCUGGACUCACCACCGUGCGGCUGCUGAUCCUGGCCUCCUGCUCGCUCGUCGCUCUCUGCAUCGGCGCGUGACUCAUGAGGACGAGACGCCCCUCGGCUGCUGCUGUUUUGGGUGUGUCUUGUUUGUUCCUUGCCCCUUUUCUUCUAGUGGCAGGCAGAUGGAACCUUCCGGUGGUGGAGCGCGAGAACCCCGAGGCCUCACAAAUGCCAUUCUCGUUGCUGCGACUUCCGUUCACUUUCUCUUAUGUCUGGGCAUGAGGCUAUCCGCAACCGUUAUCCCUAAAUUUUUCCCCCUAUAUCACUUUUCCCCCCUAUUUUUUCAUCUCCCGCAGCGGUUCCCCAUAAAUACUCCCCCCUAUACUAUGCCCCACUACAACUAUAAAAUAUCAUUUUCUAUA